AGGGAGGGAGGGAGGGGGUUCUGGCCGCGGGUGGAUGCCGGUUGCGGCCGGCCGCGCCCGGCACCAUGCACACCGUGCAGAAGGACACUACCUUCACCAAGAUCUUCGUCGGGGGGCUGCCCUACCACACCACCGACUCCUCCCUCAGGAAGUACUUCGAAGUCUUCGGGGACAUCGAGGAGGCGGUGGUGAUCACCGACCGGCAGACGGGCAAAUCCCGGGGAUACGGCUUUGUGACCAUGGCGGACAGAGCCGCGGCUGAGCGAGCGUGCAAAGACCCCAACCCUAUCAUCGAUGGCAGGAAAGCAAACGUGAACCUGGCGUAUCUGGGAGCAAAGCCGAGGAGUAUUCAAACCGGUUUUACCAUAGGUGUGCAGCAGCUCCACCCAGCCUUCAUCCAGAGACCCUUUGGACUCACGCCUCACUAUGUUUACCCCCAAGCUAUCAUUCAGCCCAGCGUGGUGAUCCCCACCCCCGUGCAGUCCAUCGCAUCUCCCUACAUCGACUACACCGCCGCCAGCCAAGCCUACUCCCAGUACACCACAGCUGCCUAUGACCAGUACCCUUACGCUGCCUCUCCCGCCGCGGGCUUUGUGGGUUACGGCUACACGGGGGCUGUGCAGCCCCCCAUCACCGCCAGCACCCCGGCAGCGCCCGCCACCGCCUUUGUGCAGUACCAGCCCCAGCAGCUGCAGCCCGACCGCAUGCAGUGAGCCCCCCCUUGCUGGGACAAGUCCUUUGCAAUGGAAGGAGACAAUUAGGACAACAAAAGCAACGGCAAAAGAGAAAAAGCAAAAAGCAAAAAGCCACAAAACAAAACCAAGAUGCAAAAAAAACAAACAAAAAAAACCCAAACCAAAACAAACAUAAAAAAAAACAAGGAAAAAAAAAAAGUCGCCCUGACCUGUCUCCCAUUUAUUUAGGUGCAUAUCAAUACCUAAGCUAUUUCUAGUGUUACGGGCAAACCCAAAGCCUCGCAGUCUGACUGUGCUCACAAAGAAGGACUUCGGGUAAGUUGUUUUUCAGUCUGGACAGAUCGCGUCUUGAAGAUGUUCUUAAAGUGACUGAAAUGAUUCACAGGAAAACUGCAGCUCCUCGCACGUGUCGCAGGCUGCUUCCAUCACCUGUGGGCUUCUUUCUGCCCCCCCCAGCCCUCCUCAUCGAACCUGCAAUUUUCUUAUUUACUGUUGAGGUACAGAGGUACUCGGAGAACGUGGAGAAAAGCAAUCUUAUUUUUUGGUUGUACAAAAACUUUGUAAUACUCAGAGAUGCCUUACAGAGAAAAAAAAAAAAAAAAGAAAGAAAAAAAAAAGAAAAACUAUUUUUUAAUAUUUAUUGCGAUUUUAUUCGCAUGAGCUGUGAAUUGCAGACAGAAGAAUAGUAGUAAGUAUCUGCCUUGUUUAAUUCUCAUUUUACUAAAUUAUUGUACGUAGUUAAAAGUUCCUAAGUAAUUGCUGAAUCACUUCAACUUGCAAAAGGGAAUAUCAGCUCGAGGGAGGGCUGAAUAUUCCUUUAGUCAACGCACUGUACUAUUUUCUUAUUGUAAUUGUUACUCUGUUAAGAUUAUCUCAAAUUUAGGUAUAUUUUUAAAAUGCAAAAAAAAAAAAAAAAAAGAAAAAAAAAGAAAAAACCAACCAAGAAUACGGAACAUUUUGUCUACUUCAGUAGAUCUUUUGUUACAAUGCUGCAAACUAUGGAGACAUUUACAGUAUUUAUGUCAGAGAUUUGGGGCUGUUGGCCAGCUAAGCUUAGGAGAAUAUCAUGAGUGGAGCAAAAGGAAGAAAGGUGUUAUUCACUGAACAAAUGAGUAAACGUGACCUUUUUAUGCUUAUAACGCAACAGCCAAAUAAAGGAAGAGAACAGGCAAUGUAAGUUAAGUGCAUUUCUACAAAGAACAGCAAUAAACUAUUUUAACUUUUAAAGUGA